AGAUCGGAUCUAAAAUCUUGAGUUUCCUUCUUUAGUUGACUUUCUUGCUCUCCCAUGGCGAUGAUGAAAGAGCUCCAACAUGGCUCCCACGAAUGCGUGUGAACCACGCCUGAAACUAUAGGUAUCACAACUACUUAGUCUAAUACAUAUAUAGUACUUAGUCUAGGGUUUACACAACUACUAAUGGCAAUUAUAUCCUUAAUAUAUACAACUCCUUAUACAAGUCUCAUGAACACACAUUGUUUUAUGUUGGGUGCUAUACUUCUGAAUAUAUAGUUGGUUUAGAGGAGGAUCGUCACUGUGUAAUAUGCAAGACAUGUGCGGGUAAACAGUUUUAUCAGUGCGUGGAAUGUGACUGGAAGAUUCAUUUCGAAUGUAUCGAGAUACCUCUCGGUCCGUGGUAAAGAAGAAUUUCUAGGAGAUGAUGAUUCUUUGGAGUAUUGUGGGGUUUGCGAGAUAAUGGUACAUGUAGGACAUCAUGUUUAUUUCUGCCAAGAAUGUGAUUAUAUUGGCCACAUUGAAUGCGUUUUACGCUAGGUACGUAAUAUGUCUAUGUUGUCAUAUAACUCUGUUUAUUCUUGAUGGAUAUGUUUGUAAAGAAAUAAAAUGCAGCAAGCCUGCCUGUUCGAAGUCAUCAUUUGUUUGAAGUUAUGGUAUCUAAUUCAUAUAUGAUAGCUUGCACCAUUUGUGAUGAGAGGUUUUGUGUGGAAACGUUUUGACAUGUAGGAGUGUGGAGAGAUAUAUUAUCCUCAUUGUAUUGAACGGUUCAGAGAGAAACUCGUUCAUCCCAUUCAUUCUCACAAACUUGAAAUGGAGCUGCUGAGGGAUUUUAAGUGCAUUGCCUGCAAACUGGAUAUUAAAUCAUAUGGCCAUUUUUGCUUCAUUUGUGAAGUCGCCUUCCAUAUUAAGUGCAUCAAAGAUGUUGAUGGACUAGGUAAGAACAGCUUUCACAAGCAUACUCUCUAUAACUUUUGGAUUGAGGACUUGAAGGUACUGACUCAUCAAGCAUGUAGUGUGUGUGGUAGACCUUGUGGUGUGUCGCUCUAUGGUUGUAUUGAUUGUAACUUCAGAGCCCAUGUAGAAUGCCUUGGGUUUCCAGGCAUUGUGAAGUCCCAACUGCAUCAACAUACUGUCCUAGAAGAGGAAAAUUAUGAUGCGGGAAAGUGUGCGCUCUGUAGGUCAGGAUGCUUGGGUAAGAGAUAUUCUUGUAAACAGUGCAAGGAAGUGUUUCAUAAGGAAUGCAUAAUGUCCAAGGAUGCCCGCGAAGCUGCAACAGAAGAAGAACAGCUUAUUGGAGACAUCUAUUUUAUGUACAUUGAGCGCUUUCUCCUAAUGUUCAAAGAAGAAGAAGAAAAGGAAGAAAAAAAGAAAAGCGGCAAAUUCAAGAUGAGGAGAUUACAGAAUUAUCGAUGGAAAUGAAGCACACGGAAAGUGAUGAAGAAGCCGACAAUUCUGUUACUAGCUAGCUGGUUCUGCCUCGGUGCCUCAACAUUCUCUUAUGUUCUUUUUUUUUUUAUCAGGUUUAGGAUCCAUUUAUUGAAUUGUACUUCUAGUGAUAUACUAUUUGCUUGAUUUUUACUUUUUAGCUAACUUUUAAAAAUAUUUGCAAUUUUUUAAAAAUGUGAAUUUCUCAAUAAAACCAAUAGCCGACACAUCC